AUAAAAUAUAAAAUGCAGAAGAUAAAAAAAGCAAAAGUGAAUCAAGCUAUUGAAAUACUUUGGUUAAAUAAAAAAAAUGGAUUGAAAAAAAAGAUAAAAAUGGAAAAGAUAAAAAAAUUACAGAAUGUUGAUACUCAAUGUAAAAUCAUACAUUAUUAUAAGAAGAGUGAAAGACAAUAUCCAAUAAGUUUUUCAAGACAUAGAAUUCUCUCUGAAAUAAAAUCAUAUAUAAAUAAAAAAAAUUGGAAUAAAGCUAAAAAUUUAUUUUUAUUAUUACUUGAAUCUUCAAUUGAUAUUGAACCAUUAAUAUGGCGUUAUAGUUUUAUACUUACAUUAUAUAAUAAUAUUGAUAAUUUAUCUAAUAUUUUUCAAUUUUUUAAUAUGUGUAUUGGUAGUCUACAUUCUGAUAAAAAUGUGAUAUUAAAAAAUAUAUUGUUAUUACAACAUAAAUAA